AUGUCGAAACGAAAAUUCGGUUUCGAAGGGUUCGGAAUGAAUCCUCAAGCUAAGUACAACUUCGAGCGAUCCUCAGCUCCUCAACGGCUUUACGUUCCUCCGUCGUCUCGCUCCUCUGGUGGCAGCCACGACAAUUACGAAGACACUGACCUUGACAACAUUGAUUACGCCGACGACCUUGAAAAAGAUGCCGUUAAUGGUACCGGUGCUGAUGAUGAGAUUGAUCCUCUGGAUGCGUUUAUGGAGGGUAUACAUGAGGAGAUGAAGGCGGCUCCGCUACCGAUGGCAAAGGAGAAGUUGGACAAGUAUAAAGACGAUGAAGAGGAGGAGGAUCCGAUGGAGAGUUUUUUGAGAGCUAAGAAGGAUGUAGGUUUACAAUUGGCAGCAGAUGCUCUUCACGCGGGGUAUAAUUCUGAUGAGGAGGUGUACGCUGCGGCUAAGGCGGUGGAUGCUGGAAUGCUUGAAUACGAUUCUGAUGAUAAUCCGAUUGUUUUGGAUAAGAAGAAGAUUGAGCCUAUUCUGGCUCUCGAUCAUAGCUUGAUUGAUUACGAGCCCUUUAACAAGGACUUCUACGAGGAAAAGCCCUCCAUUUCUGGUAUGAGUGAGCAAGAUGUUACUGAGUACAAGAAGAGCUUGGCCAUUCGUGUGUCGGGUUUUGAUGUUCCAAGACCUGUUAAGACUUUUCAAGACUGUGGUUUCUCUGCGGAGCUAAUGAAAGCCAUAGCCAAACAAGCAUAUGAAAAGCCCACACCAAUACAGUGCCAAGCUUUACCCAUUGUGCUUUCAGGAAGAGACGUCAUUGGAAUAGCCAAAACUGGUUCAGGAAAGACUGCAUCCUUCGUGCUUCCCAUGAUUGUCCAUAUUAUGGAUCAACCUGAGCUUGGGAAAGAAGAAGGCCCCAUUGGAGUAGUAUGUGCACCUACUAGGGAACUAGCUCAUCAGAUAUAUUUAGAAGCUAAGAAAUUUGCAAAGUCAGAUGGGAUUCGUGUCUCUGCAGUUUAUGGUGGAAUGUCUAAACUUGAUCAGUUCAAGGAGCUGAAGGCAGGAUGCGAGAUAGUUGUUGCUACCCCAGGGAGGCUGAUAGACAUGAUAAAAAUGAAGGCAUUGACGAUGUUGAGAACUACCUACUUAGUACUUGAUGAGGCUGAUCGAAUGUUUGAUCUUGGUUUUGAGCCACAAAUUAGGUCUAUUGUUGGUCAAAUAAGGCCAGAUCGACAAACCUUACUCUUCUCAGCAACUAUGCCAUACAAAGUUGAAAAACUUGCUAGGGAGAUACUGACUGAUCCUGUAAGGAUUGCUGUGGGAGAGGUUGGUAUGGCCAAUGAGGAUAUCACACAAGUUGUUCAAGUAAUUCAAUCAGAUGCCGAAAAAAUUCCUUGGCUCCUUGAAAAGCUUCCUGUGUUGAUAGAUGAAGGUGAUGUUCUGGUUUUUGCUUCUAAAAAGAACACAGUGGAUGAAGUAGAAUCACAGCUUUCACAGAGGGGCUUCAGAGUUGCGGCUCUGCAUGGUGACAAAGAUCAGGCUUCUCGAAUGGAGAUAUUGCAAAAAUUUAAAUCUGGAAUAUACCAUGUUCUCAUUGCAACUGAUGUUGCUGCACGUGGUCUUGACAUCAAAUCAAUUAAAUCUGUGGUCAAUUUUGAUAUAGCGAAAGAUAUGGACAUGCAUGUCCAUCGAAUUGGGAGGACGGGUCGUGCUGGUGACAAAGACGGAACUGCAUACACUCUCAUAACACAGAAGGAGGCACGGUUUGCAGGUGAAUUAGUCAACAGUUUGAUUGCUGCUGGUCAAAACGUAUCUGUGGAGCUAAUGGAUCUUGCCAUGAAGGAUGGGAGGUUCAGAUCCAAACGUGAUGCACGGAAAGGAGGUGGGAAAAGAGCUAAAGGGAGGGGGGGAGGUGGUAACCGAGGUGUGCGAGGCGUGAAUUUCGGAUUGGGUAUUGGGUAUAGUCCAGAAUCCAAUGCAGCAUCAAAUCCUCCAAGUCGUUCAGCCGCAGUUAAUUCGCUGAGGACAGGGAUGAUGGCACAAUUUAAAAACAAUUUUGUUGCUGCAUCAUCAAAUUCCCAAAAUCAGGUUGUGAACCAUAAUCCAGGCAUGCAUGCCAAUAAAAGAAUGGCUUUGUCGGGCUUUGUAUCCGGUGGCACUAUAGGUGGAGACGUUCAUACUGCCAAGACAACCAGUUCAACUGGUACUGCUUCUAUGUCGAACAUUGCCACUCAGAAUUCCAGAGAUAAUGCGAACCAAAAGCUCUCAGAAAGUUCCAGAGAAAGGCCUAGAGAAAGGCGGAGACCGUCUGGUUGGGAUCAGUAA